UGAUAACAGCAGAGUCUACUUUGUAGUGGCGCAGAUACUGUUGUUGAGAUACUGUUUUUUGCACGUUCUACACAGUCCUAAUUUUGAGAGUCAGAGGUCUCGUGAUUGGCUUAGGCAAUAGAUCGGUCCAAUUUCAUGCGUGGAUGGUCAAACGCUCGUACGAGUCAUUGAUAAUCGAUCAACUCAUUCUGAAAAUCGUUAAUUAAUAUCUUCAUUCAAUUAAUAUUUUACGAGGUUCUACUUUACUUUGAACGUCUAAUGUAAGGUCAUACUUACGCAACUACAUAGUUGGUGUCUAUUCCAAACAAAAGUGGAUGUACAGAUUAGUGGAUGCACCAAUAAACUCUUCUACAAUCGAACAGGCGGUUCAAGUGCACAUGAACUUAUCAGCACUGAACGUACUGGAUAUACAUAUUGAUGUGCUUUCAAUUAUAAAAUAUAACAAAUAGAUAUCUGAACCACAAGCUUUACAUAAGCAUCGAUCUUCAUAAAGUAUCUCUAGAAGUAUGAAAUAGGUCAAGUUUCACAAGUUCAUUUCAAGCGAAAAAAUUUUUGAAGGAAAUUUCCUUGGAAUCCGUUCAUCUGCAUGAAGAUAAGAAUUAAUGUAUACAAUUAUUGCACAAUUAUCAUUUCAUUUCAUGUUUGAAGUGUAUUUCAUGUUUUAUCAUCUGUUUAUGUAUUUUUCAACUUUAACUUCAAUGUCCAUGUAAGUCUGGACACUGGUAGGCUUUCUGUAAAAUGAGGACUGUAAGGUGUGUCAUGACGCAUAGGCUCUAAGGUGCGUCAUCGUGACGCAUCGUCUUUAAAGUACCUCAAAAAGUAUUGUCUCUAAGGUGUCAUGACGCACCAUCUCGAAAGUGAGUCCAGAGGUACUGCCCUAAGGUGCAUUAUAAUGAUGCACAGUGUAAAAGAAUAUAUGCCUUUAUAAGGCAUAUCUAAUUACAAGGACGACUAAAUCGAUCACAAAAGAUACAACAAAUAACAACAGUAAUUUGACCGAAGAUGAGAGGGUAUCUGCAGUCACAAACUUAUUGCGUCUAAUGCUCUUUUAAUCGAUACUGAUUAAUGGAGGAAACGCAGAUCGCCAUAACCAGUACUUCAUCAGACUUGGUCAGAGACAGUCAAUUCGGCAAGAUGUGGAUCCUAAUCGCGGCGGUGUUAGUGUUCUUCGUGUACUUCUACCAUCAGAAGUACAUGUACUUCGAGAGACUAGGGAUACCGUAUUCGAAACCGUUUCCGAUUCUGGGGAUCUUUUUUCCGAUCCUGACGUUGCAGUGUUCCCUGGGAGAAGCCUUUCAGCGGAUAUACAACGAGAACCGUGAAGCGAAAUAUUUGGGGAUGUUUGAUUUUUUAACGCCAUCGCUGCUGCUUCGAGAUCUGGAUCUGAUCAAGAUGAUAGCCGUGAAGAACUUCGAUCAUUUCACGGAUCAUGACGAGUUCAUCGUCAUCGACAAUUACAGGAAGGACCACCUGUUGAAUCUUAAGGGCGACGAGUGGAAAAACCUGCGGAGGGUCGCGAGCAGCUUCCUCACGGCCUCGAAACUCCGGGAACUGUUCCCGAAGUUGCAACAUGUCGCCAAACGAACCGCGGGUCAUAUGGCCGCGUUGCCGUCAGGGAGUGUCGAGGAUCUCUGGGAUUUCGUCAGCAGAUAUACCUGCGAUACGUCGGCCUUCGCCAUGUUCGGACUAGAUGUGGACUCCAUAGUGGAUCGCAAGAACGAGUUCUUCGUGAAAGCGACUAAGCUCACCGCCUUCGAGAGAUUAACAGAUAUCAAGAUUAUAUUGACAAGGAACUUCCCCAACUUUUGUAGAUUGGUAGGCAUCAAGCUUAUGAAUAAAGCGACGGAGAAUAUGUUCAGAGACGUGGUGAGGUCGGUGAGGGACAUGAGGGAUCAGACGGGUACCACUCGUGCGGACAUGUUGCAGUACAUGCUGAACACCAGAGCGAAUGCGCCAGAGAAGAGAAUGUCGGAGGCGGAUAUGCUAGCGAACUUGGUGUUCUUCUUUUCUGCGAAUUCGGCAUCCACGGCGCUGGUGAUGGCCGCAAUCCUCCUGGAAACCGCCGCGAAUCCGGACAUCCAGAAACGACUGCAGGAAGAGAUCGAUCAGGUACUGAAGAAUUCUGACAACGGUGAUGUCAGUCUGGAGGCGCUAGGCGAAAUGAAGUACUUGGACGCAGUUGUGAACGAAGGUCUCAGGAUGUAUCCUCCUCUGCCGAUGGUCGAUAGAAAAUGCACCAAACCUAUCGAGCUACCUCCAGCACUACCUAACGCGAAACCGAUCAUUCUUGAAGAGGGCUUCAACGUUUUUAUACCGAUCCUCGCGCUGUGUCGCGAUCCUGAUCUCUACCCGGAGCCCAACAGGUUCAACCCGGAGAGGUUUUAUAAUCAGAACUCGAGCCCCAGGACAGCGCUGGCUUUCGGGAUGGGUCCACGGAUGUGCAUGGGAAAUAGGCUGUCGGUUUUGUUAUUGAAGAUCAUAGUAUUUCACGUUCUGGCGGUUUGCGAACUGAAAACGUGCGCGAAAACUGUGUUGCCGAUUAGAUUUUCGCCGGGACAGGUGCUGCCGAUAUCUGCCAAAUCGUACUGGGUGGAGGUUCAUCCUAGGAAUAAGGGAAUUGAGGUCAAGCAGGGGAAUGGUGCUGUUAGUGCAAAUUCUUGAGAUAUGAAUUUUUAUGUUCGGUUUUGUGAUCGCAAGUUAUAUGCUAAAGUUUUUAAAAAUGUAUUUCAUUAUAUCUUUCUUAAUAAAUAAUUGUUGUUAGCUCA